AUGGCCGGGCCAUUGUGUGGUGCUCUGACCUUGUGCGUUCUGGAAAUGAGAGAUUCGAUGAUCAAACUGCUUCGAGAGGUCAUGAUAAACCUCUCGAAGAUAACUGCCACUGUCCAAAAUGCUCAACCAAUCUUAGAAUUUCUUUCAACUUUGCUCCACCUGCCAAAAGUGUAUGCCAGUUUUGUGUCUGACCAGUACAUGUCAAUCUUUGCGAUUGCUAUACCGUACACAAAUCCAUUCAAGUUCAACCAUUAUAUUGUGUCACUUGCAUACCACGUCAUUGCCAUGUGGUUCCUCAAGUGCCGACUUCCUUUCAGAAGGCAUUUUGUGCCAUUUAUAUCUAAGAAUUUAAACAUGAUUCUAACAAAUGAAGAGGCUGCCACACGAAGAAGAAGUGCAAGUGCCAGCGAACAGGGUAGGGGAAAGGGAGACAUAGACAUGAUCCAGUUUCACAAUGACUUGCGGGAGACGUGUGUUGAUUUGAUGGCACGCUACACCUUUGCAUCCUGCGCACCUCUGCCCAAAAGAGGGACUGUUGCUGAAAUGCUGGUGUCAGGAGGUCAGUCUCAGACCUGGCUCAUAGGAAACAAGUUGAUCACAAUCACAACUUCUGGUUGUUCACAGCGGCCACUGAGACAAGGCCUGUGUGACAAGUGUUUGCAACUUUGUAACCUUGAAAAAAGAACACCUGCACCAGAGACUUUUGCUGCCAGCACCAACCUCAAUCGUAGGAGACAUCGCUCAGAAUUCCAUAGGACAAUAUCACAUGAAGCAAAGCACAAGCCACAGAGUAAGGAUGACCUACACAUGUGGUCAGUAAAGAGAGAAAAUGGAGAUGGACUUACCCCAUUAGUUGACCAAGGUGAUGGUGUAGCCUGGUCAAGCAGCAAUAUGGGAGAGGCGGGCGACAGCGAAUCAUCACCAGUUGAUAAGUUGGUGUUUGGCAGCAAUGUAGGAAGCAGUAGCACAGCACCCAACGAGAACAAGCGUGUAGAGCAGCAUUUGUGUGCUUGCUGGUGCCAGGGCUGGGCCGAGAUAUACAUCAGACAGCCUACAGGAAACAUGUCGUGGAUGAUGCGCGUCCAAAAUCAGCAGACACUUGUCGCCUCGGGAGGAGAGUUGCCCUUGCAUGACCUGAGUGUACUCUUUGCUAACACACCCAACUCUCAGUCCGUGGAUUUUUCGGGACCGUUAUUUGCCAACCGGAGAAUCGAUUCAGAAACGCUGGAAGACGAGAAGUAUGAGCAGGAGCUUCUGAGUCAGCCCUUUGAGGAGACAAGACCGAGAGCCUUCUCUGGGGCAUCGGACAGGACCCAAGAUUCCGAUCCAGGUUCCCAGAGGGAUUCUAGUGGUUGGAGCAGUGGUGCCCCCUCGCACACCUCCUCCGACCCCCGGAUAAACUCGGCCGAUGCGGGUGACGACACGAGGGGGAGUUCUCCUCUGACGAACACGAGCACUUCUGGAGAGAACCCAGAUGAUCCACGGGUUCCUGUCCAGCGAUGCCAUUCUAGUCCAGAAAUGAGUGAGGGAGCUGUCGUAGGAGGUAAUGAAGUCAUGCAACAAGCUGUGGACGAGGAGGACCCCCAAACCACAACCUCAACCCCACCACAGGCCGUGCCAAGUGAUACUGAGCACGUGUCAGCUGUAGCCAAGCCAGUAAAACCGAAACCUAGAUUUGAGCCAACCAUUGGAGGCGGAGGGAGUGUUGGGUCGACUUCACCUCCUCCCAUCCCAGCCACCAGAGUACGACACACUUCUGCAUAUCAGACGAAGAGUGUGGGAAGUGGUGGCAGCAUCUCUCCUGGAAGUACCACAGGCGGCUCAAGCAAUCCAGAUGCAGAUGUUGACGAUGGUUCUCCAAGGCCCAUGCGAAGAGGCAGAGGCCAUACCAUAUCUGACAUGAACCCUGCCUCUCGCAAGUUACACUCACGAGCAUCCAAUGCAGCCAAGAAGAUGAGUACAAGCAAGAACCAAUUGCAGCCGAAGAGGGAAAGGAUGGAGAUUACAAAGAACUCUUUGCUACAAGCUAAGUGCACCAGUUAUAUGAGAGCAAUCUUUCGAUAUAGUCAUCUCCGUGUCCUUCAAGAGCUCUAUUCUCGUACAUCUCUUAAACAUGUUAGAAUUUUCUACUGCCUACCAAGGUUGCUUCUGGACGCCCGGCCGAAGGAGACCCGCGAAACCUAUUGCAGCUAUCGUCGUUUUGCCCUACUGAUGUGUAAUGUGUUCAUCGCUUUCACACGACAGAAAGGGGUUACAGAUGAGAGGAAGCGUUUGUCCCAGCUCUGGCUAAAUAUGUCCCCCUACAGUGCUUUUAGUCAAUAUUUGGAAAAUUCUAUAGCCUUUGAUCAAAGAAACCACUACAACAACGUGAAGGUACUGCUUAAGCUUAAGCUUAUGUCAAGUUCAAAUAAUUGA